CAUGGCUGGAUGAUGAGAAAUGAAGGAACUACUAAGAGUAAGAUGAGCACACCACCGCCGGUUAUACUGUUAAAGAGGGUUUUAUUGUACAGGGAUGAUCAGUAAUCAUAGAAAUUAUUUGGAUGACAGCGAUGUUUCCAAUUGACAACGAAAGGAAUCGUGACGGCAAUACUGAUGAUAAGAAUUUGAAUGGCUGAUGGUAGGAUCACUUCAUCACAAGGACUUAUUGCUUGGAGCAUUAUAUUGAUUCCCUUCUUGAUAAAUGACAGCCUUUAAAGUUACUUCAAAUUCUAUAUAUUAAUCAUAUUUUUUCAGCCAGAGCACAAAGGUUGGUGAUGUUGCUUCUGUUUUGAGUGCUGUCUCUGUAGCAUACGGAAUGUUUAUCUGUUACAGUUUGCUAUAAGUCUGGCAUCAUCAUCAUAUAAUUGUUAUGUUCAUCUGCUUCGAAAGUGCUGUAUUAGAUUACAGUUGGAGCGAUAAAACACUUCCAGUGGCAUUAGUACUCUCUGCACAUGCUCACUAUUAUAGACAUACUUUGAAUCACCUUUAAAAUUACUCAACGAUAAAAAAAAAAAGGAUCUUGCAAAGUAUUACAAGUGCUAAUGUAAAGAUGUGAUGAAGCAAUAUCAGCAGUGGUUAGAAACUUGCCAAAGGAUCUACUCUGUAUUCCAGAUUUAUUACACAUCUGCAAUCUGUCUUGUUGGAUAAACUUCAGUUUUGGAAUUUCCUCCAAUAUUGAUUUUCUGCGGUAAAGACAUUUGUCAUGCGAUAAUCACUAUUCAGUUUUUUUCUUGAAGAUUUCAUGAAUAAUUGUUGUUGUUUACUAACCAUUCAAAAGAAGAAUCAAUGUGUUUUAGCUGAAGAUGGUUAUUUACUAACAACCACAAGGGAAAAUAGUUUGUAUAAUUGCGAAUUGUAAAAUUAGACUGUAAACAGACUCCUUGGAAGUGCACAAGCGCACUGGGAAAUAUAUUAUCUAUUUUAAGAAAGAAUAUCCAAGAUAUAAAAGUAGAGGCAAAUAAAAAGAAAUAAAAAUUAACUAAUAUUACAGAAUAUGAGUCAAUAUGGAAAUUGCCUUGGUAUAUGUCUAGUCCCUUGAUAGGAAGCUAUCAGUCAGUAGUGUAUAUUCUAGAAAACUGGUGGAUAAAUUGUGAGGAUCGACGCUAUUGCAGUCACAGUAUCCGCUAUGCUGUGCUAAGCAUGUAUAAAUAUUGAUAUGAUGACUAGUGAUAGUGUUGUCUAAAUGAGAUGGAAGUGUGCUGAAAGGGACUGCCUCACUAAACACUGGAGCUAGUUGGUUGCUCGCUCAACUGGAACAGAAAUACUCAUCUGGAUUGUACAUACUAAAAGGAUUAUAGCACUAUAUUGCUUCAAUGUACAAUAUUAUUAUUACUCCCUAGGAUGUUAUACUUACCGUUAAGCUGAGCGCCAUCGUUUUAACAGGCAGUUAUUAGAACCAUCAUCAAGUCAGAGAUUCAGGUAACAGAAAUGUUUAUAUAAUUGAGUCACCUCUUUUCACACAUAGUGUUGAAAGUUAAGUAUGGAAAGGAUGCGAGAUACAAAGCAACAAACAAACAAAUCAAGGGAAAGUAUUACUAUUUUUGGUGAAAAAAAGAAGAUAUAACAAUAUUUACUGGAAUUGGUAAUUUAAUACGAGUGAAGUUUAGUGAGCUACCUCAUCGGCGAUGAAGCCUGUAAAGCAACAGUCACACUCACCGGAUGUGGAGGAAGCCAUCAAAAUGUUCUUGCACAAUGAUGGUGGGAGGAAGGAUGGUUCAAAGACAGAUCAGUACCAAAGGAACCGUCGGAGAACGCUUAACAGAAGCAGUGCAGUUACAGACACGGACACAUCGCAAGAUUCACCAGAAAUGGAUAAAAGCUCGAUAUUAUUUGAAACAUGUAAAGUGAUGAUUGCCAACAAAAAGGCAAGAGAAAAUGCUUUGUCGAGAGAUAAAUCUGAUUCUAGUUCACAGCGUUCUUUAUUAUCUAUAAAAACGGAUCAUGAUGGAAAUAGUUCGGACUGUGAGGAUAAAACCGGUAGUAAUGAAAAUCCUCCCAAGGAGAAAAAAAGAUUCUGGUGGACUGUGGCAUCAGUUAUGAGCGGAAGUGAAGAGUCGCAACUUAUCAUGGGAAAUGGAGGUCCGCGCAAUGGACCCUUCUUCGGUAUUGAUUCAAUUUCUGAAAUACCGGAACCUAGCAGAUCGAUACAGGUGGAGAAGGGGUUGAAACCAUUAUGUUUGUCCCUUGUGCGGAAUCCAAGGCCAAAGACGUCACCUCUGGUAACAAGACCUUCACUGAAUGAUAAUGAAUUAAAAAUUCAUGUCUAUAAGAAGACAUUGCAAGCUCUUAUCUACCCCAUCUCCAGUACAACACCUCAUAAUUUUGAGGUUUGGACAGCGACCGCUCCCACCAUGUGCUACGAAUGUGAAGGGGUAUUGUGGGGGAUUGCAAGGCAAGGUGUACGCUGCACUGAGUGCGGUGUCAAGUGUCAUGAGAAAUGUAAAGACCUUUUGAAUGCUGACUGUCUUCAGCUCUCCAUGUCUAAAACAAGCAGUGGAGAGAUGACAGUCCCAGAAAUAUUCACUCAGCUUUGCCAAAGGAUCCGGAACUUUUUCUUUCCUAACGAGACAAGUGAAAGUUUCGAUCUAGAAAGUGAUAAAGAUACUGGUGAGGAGUCAAUGUCAUGGACAGCAUCAUUAUGGUCCUUCAUAGUUGGUCUACGUGAUUUUUCAAGUCCAUCAUGUAGACAGAGAAGCCAUUCUAGAUCAAGCCUUGGCGAGCAGGGAGCCGCGGAGAAAAGCUCAAAACAUGGAGCCGAAGAUAAGACUAUGAACAUUAUAGCUGCAAUGCAAGACCGAAUGAAAAUCAGAGAACGCAAUAAGCCUGAAAUAUUCGAUUUGAUAAGGGAAGUUUUCAAUAUUCCUAAGCAGUCACAUUCUGGACACAUGCAAGUGGUCAAGCAAAGCGUAUUGGACGGAACAUCAAAAUGGUCAGCAAAAUUAGCCAUAACUGUAGCAAGUGCCCAAGGCUUGAUAGCCAAGGACAAAACAGGAACUAGUGAUCCUUAUGUUACGGUUCAAGUAGGAAAGGUGAAGAAACGAACGCAUACCGUACAGCAGAAUUUGAACCCAGAAUGGAAUGAAAAAUUCUACUUUGAAUGUCACAACUCAUCCGACAGAAUUAAAGUUAGGGUUUGGGAUGAAGACGAUGACCUUAAAUCCAAGUUGAUGCAGAAACUCACUAGGGAGUCGGAUGAUUUUUUGGGUCAGACAAUAAUUGAAGUUCGAACUUUGAGUGGUGACAUGGAUGUAUGGUACAAUCUUGAAAAACGGACAGAUAAGUCUGCAGUUUCUGGUGCUAUUAGACUGCAAAUCAGUGUCGAGAUCAAGGGGGAGGAGAAAUCAUUGGCCCCAUACCAUGACCAAUAUACAUGUCUCCAUGAGAAUCUCUUCCAUCACCUGAGUGAGAAGGAAGGGGGAAACGUAAAGUUACCAGAUGCCAAAGGUGACGAUGCCUGGAAAGUCUAUUUUGAUGAACCUGGCCAAGAAAUAGUUGACGAAUUUGCAAUGAGAUACGGAAUUGAGUCCAUCUAUCAGGCAAUGACUCAUUUUUCCUGCCUGCGUACUAAGUACAUGUGUAGUGGUGUUCCCGCCGUUAUGAGUACAUUACUUGCAAAUAUCAAUGCAUUCUAUGCACAUACGACAGCAACGACAGCUGUAUCUGCAAGUGAUAGGUUUGCUGCUUCCAAUUUUGGGAAAGACCGAUUUGUCAAGACGCUGGAUGGAUUGCACAAUGCAGUCAGGAUAGACUUGUCUAUGUAUCGGGAGAAUUUUCCAGCAGACAGUAAGGAAAAGCUUGCUGAUCUAAAAUCAAUGGUUGAUCUUCUUACAAGCAUUGCUUUCUUUAGGAUGAAGGUGCAAGAACUCGCAAGUCCUCCCAGAGCAGCGAAUGUAGUGGGUGACUGUGUAACGGCGUGUCUCAGGUCUACUUACACGUAUAUGUACGACAAUUGCCAUGAGACGUACGAAUUCCAAAUGGGGCAAAGUGAGCAGCCAGAGGUUUCUGACACAGACACGGGCAAUGGCCCGAGCAACAGGAAUUUGGAUUUCUGGGCCAAACUAAUUCAGUUACUGACCUCUGUCAUAGAACAGGAUAAGGAAACUUACACAGGAGUUCUUAAUCAGUUUCCAAAUGAAUUGAAUGUUGGCCAGAGGAGUGCAGACAUCAUGUGGACAGGCUUUGCUAAUGAUCUCAACAGUGCCCUCAGUGACCAUGAACAUGAGCGAUUGUGUACAAGUGCAGAAUACAUGAACUUACAUUUUAAGGUGAAAUGGUUGUACAAUCAAUAUGUCUCGCCUCUUUCUCGGUACAAGGAUGCAACUCCUGAAUACCCAAGGUGGUUCCAACCAUUUGUUCUUCAAUGGUUGGAAGAGAAUGAGACACUGUCAAUGGAGUUUCUGAUUGCUGCUCUUGAGCGAGAUAAAAACACCGGUUUUGAGAAGAACUCGGUUCAUGCUAAAUUUUCGUGCUCUGUAGUAGAUGUCUUUACUCAACUGAAUCAGAGCUUUGACAUCAUCCGUAAACUAGACUGUCCGGAUCCAACCUGCGUUACUGAAUAUUUACGGACAUUUUCAAGGACAAUAAGUAAGGUGCUUCUUAGGUAUGCUGAAAUUAUAAGCAAAGAGUUCGAUAAAUAUUGUGUUACAGAGAAAAGGUUGCAAGCAUGUAUUUUAAUGAAUAACAUACAACAGUUAAGAGUUCAACUCGGUAAAAUGUUUGAGAACAUGGGUGGUGAAAAUCUGGAUGAAAAAACAGCAGAGACUUUGACAAAGCUGCAGGAUUCACUUAACGAGGUGCUCGACAGCCUUAGUCAGGUGUACGCCAAAAGUUUGGAAAAACAAAUACAAGCAAAGAUUGAGGAAUUUAGCGUAAUACUUGCUAAGAUCAAAGGUCAGGGCAAUGUCGCAUUAGGUCAACCCAGUCAACGUAGCAUUGUACAAGAGGAAGCUGAUGCUGUGCUUUGUCCGCUUGUUGGUCUCCUUGACGAGAACCUCAUGGAUUUAAAUCAAAACUGUGAGAAAACAGUAUUGAAGAAGCUUCUAAAGGAGAUCUGGAAAAUCUCAAUGACGAAUCUUGAAAAGACAGUUGUUCUACCUCCUAUGUCUGAUAUGUCGAAAAAUUCUAUAUUAGCCUCUUUCAAUCCAAAUGCCUUAGUCAAAUUACCGGGUCAGGACAAUAUGGUCACACGGAAACUGGCUCAGCAUGCCGAGAAAAAUUCUAUAUUAGCCUCAUUCAAUCCAAAUACAUUAGUCAAAUUACCGGGUCAGGACAAUACAGUCGCACGGAAACUGGCUCAGCAUGCCGAGGGUAACAAGUGGUUAACCACGGCUCUGGACAUGGGCAAGGAAGAAGGCAAGAACCUGACGCCAAAGCAGUGUGCUGUUGUUGAUAUGGCACUAGAUAAGAUCAAGUCAUACUUUCAUGCAUCUGGAAGUGGCCUAAGGAAAGCGUUUUUAGAGCGUAGCGAAGAGCUGCAGUCAUUGAGAUAUGCUCUCUCAUUAUACACUCAGACUACAGACACACUGAUCAAAACGUUUGUUAAAAAUCAAACAACUCAAGAUUCGCCAAGUACAUCUGAUAGUGUAGGAGAGGUGUCCAUACAGGUUGAUUUAUUCACGCAUCCUGGGACAGGUGAACAUAAAGUAACAGUUAAAGUGGUGGCUGCUAAUGACUUGAAGUGGCACACAACAAGUAUGUUCCGACCGUUUGUGGAGGUGAAUAUGAUUGGACCGCAUCUGAGUGAUAAAAGACGCAAGCAUUCCACGAAAUCCAAAAGCAACAAUUGGGCUCCAAAAUACAACGAAACUUUCCAUUUUAUCCUUGGUAACGAAGAUGAACCAGAUGCGUAUGAAUUAAACAUCUGUGUGAAGGAUUACUGCUUUGCCAGGGAAGACCACCUUAUUGGUAUAGGAAUCCUGCAGCUACGGGACAUCGUAGAACCUGGAAGCUGUGCAUGCUGGACUGCUUUAGGAAGAAGUCUCUACAUGAACGACACUGGUUGGACCAUUUUAAGAAUUCUCUCCCAACGGACCAAUGACGAAGUAGCGAGGGAGUUUGUGAGAUUGAAAUCAGAAUGCCGGUCUGUUGGUGGCGAGCCUUAGAUGUCGGUAUGGCAAUCAUCCAAGAUGCAAAGUGAUUGAAUAAAUAUCGAUUACGACAUGAUAAUUCAAAAAUUUACUUAAAGUGGUUCUUUCACACAUUGGUGUUUUAUGUGCACGUACAAUAAAUUUAAACAAGAAUGUUUACUGAGGCUAUGCACAGCAUCACAACCAGUCAAAGACUGAGAGCUCAGGAUGUUGCAUUUUAACAGAAGAAAUAAGGAUGAAUGCAGCUUAAAAUUUUUUAUGAGAUGAACUAUGAUGAGAGAGCCACUUCAAGAAAUUCUUUUUAAGUUGUUGUUUAUAUAUACAUAUAGAUAUGUAUAUAUAUAU